UCAAUUACAAUAAUUGAUAAGUAGCUAUGUUAAAAUUCUCAAAAUAACCCUCACCUAGUACUUAAUUAAAAUUUGUAGUUCUAUGUUCUUUUUUUUUUCUUUUCACAAUUCUUUAAACAUAUAAAAGAAUGCAACGUAAGGUGAUCCAGUCAAUCUCCGAAGAAAGGAGUAAUCUCCAUCUCUUAAUGGCCAAAAGUCUUUAAUUUCUUUCUUUCUUCCUCCCCUUUACCAGGAGCAAGCAGGCCUUUCCUUAUUCUGCCAAUUAUUAUUAUUUUCAAAAAUGUCCACUUGCAUUUUCCUCCUUUGGCUUGUUAGCAUUCCUCUAACAAUUCAUGCCACCAUCAAUGUUGAUCAACCCCAUGGUUUCCUCUUAAAUUGCGGUGGAAGUGAAAAAAUCAAACAAGAUUCGCUUACAUAUGCACCAGAUGAUAACUAUAUAAAAACAGGAAAUAAGUCAGAGAUAAAACAAGAAGGGCUAGUGCCAUUAUUAUCCUCUGUUCGUUAUUUCCCAGAUGAUGUAGAAAAGAAAUUUUGCUAUCAUUUGCCAGUGAACAAGGGGAGGAAAAUGCUGAUAAAAACCAUAUAUUAUUAUGGAGGUUUUGAUGGAGGCAAAGAGCCACCAAUAUUUGAUCAAAUAAUUGAUGGUACAAAGUGGAAUAUUAAUACAUCGGCGGAUUAUGCAGAAGGCCUUAGCUCCUAUUAUGAGGUUAUUAUGGUUGCUCAUAAUAAGGUUUUGAGUAUUUGUUUUGCUAAAAAUGAGCAUACAACUUCAGACCCUUUUAUCUCAGCUAUAGAAGUAUUGUAUCUUGAUGAUUCCCUUUAUAAUUCUACUGACUUUGGGAAAUAUGCAUUGGUCACUCUUGCUCGUCAUAGCUUUGGAUCUCAUGAUACCAUAACUUUUCCAGAUGACAAAUUCAAUCGUCACUGGUAUCCAUUACUAGAUGAAAAUCCAGUUGUUACAAGCCAUGCUCCUGUAACUCCUUCAACAUUCUGGAAUAUGCCACCAGAGAAAGUUUUUGAAAACUCAGUGACAGCAAGCAGAGGGAAGACUCUUGUGGUAAAUUGGCCACCAUUUUCACUUCCAAAGACUUAUUACUACCUUGCUUUGUACUUCCAAGAAAACAGAACCCCAAGUCCGUAUAGCUGGAGAGUUUUUGAUGUCUUAGUGAAUGGAGCAAAAUUCUUUAGCAACCUUAAUGUCACAACCAGUGGUGUCACUGUUUAUAGCACAACUUGGCCUCUUGAAGGGGAAACAAAAAUUACAUUGAUUCCCGCGAUUAAUAGUCCUGUUGGUCCAGUGGUUGCCGCUGGUGAACUCCUCCAACUUUUGCCUCUUGCUGGAUUAACUCUCACUAGAGAUGUGGCGGUGAUGGACGAUUUAAGGAAAAGCUUUAACAAAAAACCUCAAAAUUGGCAUGGUGAUCCAUGUCUUCCGAAGGACAAUUCAUGGACCGGAGUUACAUGCUCUAAUGGCACGAACACACGAAUCAUCUCCCUGAAUUUAACCAAUGCUGGAAUUGCUGGAUCAUUGCCACCAAGCAUAUCUAAAUUAACUGCACUCAAUCAUUUGUGGCUUGGAAGCAAUGAACUUACAGGUCAAAUACCUGAUUUAAGCUCAUUGAUAAACUUAGAAACUCUGCACUUGGAGAACAACCAGUUGCAAGGAUCAAUCCCUGAAACAUUGGGACAUCUACCUAAACUUCGAGAAGUGUUUCUCCAAAACAACCAUCUCAAAGGGAGUAUUCCACAAAGCCUAAGAAACAAGAAUAGCAUAAACCUAAAGGUCUCUCCUGGAAAUGAAGUAUCAAGUUAGGGACCGGCCUAAAGAGAGGAUUAAAUGAAGAACUACUAGAACUUGUUACACACUUCAGGAGGAUGUGGACAGAAUUAUUCAGGACCACACAUGAGAAACACAAGCUAUCAGAUGAAAUGAAGGGAUUCGGAAGAAGAGCUUUUAGUCUUGGUGUACUUCUUGUAUAGCAUAAACAUAAUCACAUCUAAUACUUGAAAAGAAAAUAAUUAGCAAAGUAAAGGUGUCUUUGUACAUUUGUCAUGACUAGUAAUCAUUUAAUUAAUAGAAGAUAGAUGUAACCAUGUUUUUCUA